AUGGCUUACCAGGGAAGAUAUUGCCUUAUUGCUGAUUCUCUUCUUUCCCCUUUUGCUGAAAACACAUCAGAUGAGAUUGUGUUCAAGGCCAUGGGCAGGGCAAUCAACAAGACUGUGACAAUUGUGGAAUUGAUUAAGAGGAGAAUUGUUGGUCUUCACCAAAUUACUUCAAUUACAUCCACAGACAUUACUGAUACAUGGGAACCCCUUGAGGAAGGCCUCCUGCCUCUUGAAACAACCAGGCAUGUCUCAAUGAUUACAAUUACUCUUUCUAAAAAGGAGCUGGAUAAGAAUAACAUCGGGUACCAACCUCCAAUUCCAGCUGACCAGGUGAAGGUGUCUACAGACAUUGACUAUGAAGGAGAUGGAUCACCUAAUGGUCGAGGAAGAGGUCGUGGUGGUAGAGGAAGAGGAAGGUCUAGAGGUUAUUCAGGGAAUGGCUUUAUGCCUGCGGAGUAUGAUGAUGGAGG